GUCAUUCGGUCGCCAGCGAGCGACGACGUGCGUGGCCUCGCCGCCGUGCUGCUUCGCCGCGUUCUCUUGCGCGACGAAGUCUCGCUGUGGUGCAACGCUAGCGACUUGACGCAGCACAGCGUCAAGAACGACCUGCUCACGGUGCUCACACACGAGGCCAACCCGUCGAUCCGGCGCAAGCUCUGCGAUACCGUCGGCGAGCUCGCGUCGUCCAUCCUCGAAGAAGGCGAAUGGGACGAGCUCCUGCCGUGCAUGUUUCACUGGAUCACGUCGGCGAACGUCGCGCACCGCGAAAGUGCUUUGCGGGUGUUUGAGAUGAUCUCGCUCUUCAUUGCGACAGCGAUGAGCGACUACUUUGACACGACGAUCCGGCAGCUCUUUGAGACGUGCCUCAUUGACCCGGCCGGGCACCCGCACGCGUCCUUCUUCAAGCCGUGCUUUCAAGACCUUGUGCGCAUGAUGGUCACAAUCGCGCAGACGACGAGCGCGAGCUUUGGCACGCGGCAACUGGCCAUGGAGGUGCUGGUCUCGAUCGCAGAGAACGCGCCGGCCGCGUGCCGCCGGUUCCCGCACAACAGCUUUGUCGAAGUCGUCUUUCCGAUCGCGUUUGGCCUUAUGCUCGACGUACCGGACGAGAUGCUCGAGGACGACGAAGCCAACGACGACAUCUCGAACGUCGACGUCGGCUCCGAGUCGCUCCAGCGCAUGGCGCAAGCAAUUGGCUUCAAGAAGUCUCUAAGCACGUGCUUCCGCCUCGUCACGUCGUUUGCCAACCACGGCGAUUGGCACUACCAGUACGCCGCCCUUCUCGGCCUCACGCAGAUCGUCGAGAUCAUCCCGCCGGCCCAAGUGCCGUCCGUCGUCGACCACGUGUUUACGCACCUCUCGCCCACCUUCCACCCGCGCGUGCUCAGCGUCGCCCUCGACGCGCUUGGCCAGCUCGCGACGGACCACGGCCCCGUCUUCCAGGAGCAGUACCACGCCCAGACGAUCGCGAUGCUGCUCGAGUACAUGGCGCUCUCGGCGCCGGCGCUGGCCCAAGCCAGCUGGAAGUGGAAGUGCCACUUCCAAGCCCACGCCGCCACGUCGCUGCGCUAUUUUAUUGACACGUGCCACCCCGAGGUGAUGGACCCGUACCUUGAGUCGCUCCUCACCGCCCUCUUUGCGAUGCUCUCGACGGCGCACACGAGCCGGUCGGUGCAAGAACACGCGGUCGCCGCGAUCUCGUCGAUCGCGGGCUGCUGCGGCCCUAGCUUUGCCCGCUUCUACGACAAGGUGCUGCCGCCGCUCAAGCAGCUGCUCUACGCGUGCUUGGCCGAGCUCACGACGGCGAGUGACGCGUCGACGAUGCUCUGCGGCAUCACGCUCGAAUGCAUCUCGCUCGUCGGGCUCGCCGUCGGCCCGGACGUGUUUGGUGCCGACGCGGACGAAGUGCUGACGGUCAUGACGCAGAUGCAGCACUCGACGCAGUACGCUGACGACGAGAUUCUGCGAUCGUACCUCCUCCAGGCGUGGGCGCGGCUCUGCAAGACGCUCGCGGAAGGCUUCGCGCGCUAUUUGCCGGUCGUCAUGCCGUCGCUGCUCGACGCAGCGAUGCAGCAAGCCGAGUUUGACAUGGACGACGACGAGGAAAAUGGCAUGAUGGCGGACGACGACGACGAGGACGUGCAGAUCGCGCACAUCAACGACAAGUGCGUGAGCAUCCGCACGAGCUUGCUCGAAGAGAAGGCAACCGCAUGUCAAAUGCUCUCGUCGAUGGUCGGCGACCUAAAGGAAGCGUUCUUCCCGUACGUCGAGCAAGUCACGACCGUGCUGACGCCGCUCAUGACCGACUCGGUGCACACGGAGAUCCGCGCCGCGUCCAUCUCGGCCAUGCCGUCGCUCGUGCUCUCAGUCUCGAAGCAUCUGCACGUGACCAACGGCGAUUACAGCCCCGUGGUCCAGAUGCUCGAGUAUACGCUCGGCCGCCUCUUGAACGCACUCUCGACCGAGCCCGAGCUCGAGCUCCAGAUGACCAUCAUGCAGUCGAUCAAAAUGUGCAUCGCGCACGCAGCGCCGACGGGCCUUCUCAACCACGCGCAGCUCGUGCAGCUCGUCGAAGGCUUGCUCAUCGUGCUCGCCGAGAGCUUCCAGCGCCGCGCCGUGCGCCGUGCGCGCAAGGCGAUCGAAGAGCUCGACGAAGAGGAGGCCGAGGAAGACAUGGACAAUGACGCGACCGAAGCCCAGCUGCAGUUUAUCCUUGCCGACUGCAUUGGGUCGCUGGCCAAGACGCACACGCACGUCUUCUUCCCCGUCUUCCAAGAGACGCUCCUCGACAAGGUGCUGGAGAUGGUCCAGCCGCACUGCCUCCCGGAAGACCGCAAGCUCGCCGUGUACCUCGUCGACGAUAUUUUGGAGCACACGGGUCCGUCGGCCGUCGCGCACCUCGAUACGUUUGUGCCCAUGCUUGUGGAUUGCGUCGGCAGCGAGUACCCGCCGCUUCGCCAAGCGGCUUCGUUUGGCCUCGGUCUCUGCGCGACGCAGGGCGGGCCGGCGUUUGCGCCGUAUGUGACGCAGACGGUCGAGCUCCUCUGGCAGCUCGUGCACGCCCCCGACGCGUACGACCCGAUGUACGUCAACGCGACCGACAAUGCGUGGCUGCGCCUCCUCCCGAUGCGCGGCGACCUCGAGGAGUCGGCGGCCGUCAUCCAGCGCCUCUGCGCCGCGAUCCAGUCCAAGCACCGGAUCGUGUUUGACGCGACCAACGUCCCGGCGCUCAUUUCGGUGCUGGCCGAGUCGAUUUCCGCGCAGCUGUUUGCCGACCAAGACGACGUCCUCCACGACAUUCAAAUGGCGCUGCGCAGCCUCCGCGAGCUCAUUCCGCCGCACGUCAUGCAGGCCGUGUGGUCGUCCAUGUCGCCGACGCAGCAGCAAGCGCUCCACGCGCUCUUCGCUUAG